AUGGAAAUGCGGAAAGUAUCAUCUGUGCCCACCACGUGCUCUCUUUUCCGUAGCAAUUAUGUACGCAGCAGCGACUAUGUACACCUGCCGAAUCCUCAACAGAUUCCAAACUAUCAGGAUCAAGAGCAGUAUCUGAAAGCGUACUAUGAACAAUAUUAUAAAGAGUGGUAUAGGCAGCACAACGAAGCAAACACCGAAACGGAGUCGUCAUUGAGUGAAUCAUCAAGUCCUAUGCCCAGACGUCAAAUAAAGUUUCAAUUUGGAAAGAGCGGAGAUUUUGCAGAGAAUACGCCUCAAACAUCAGAGACGUAUCCACAUCCAUCUCAGCCAUCAUCAUUUGGAGCACUUGGGUCUGUACAGCAGCCCACGUAUGUGGCACCUCAAACUGAAGCAGCACCGGAAACUACUACUUCAUCACCACCUCUGACACGAGUACAGCUGGACAAAAUCUGCGCUGAUAUCCAAAAGACUACACAGAGUUUUGGAAUCAAGGAUCCAAAGACCUUCGCUCUCAACAACUGUUCAUUGAUCAAGAUGUAUUAUAAACAAGUUACUUGUGAGCAAAUCAAUAACGUAAUGGACUAUUGCGAACGAGGUGCUUUUCUCGCAAGUUGAAGAUCCUGAUCUUUAAACUUGAUAUUAUGACAAUCUGAUAAUAUGACGG